CGUGCGCGGUGCUCUCCCUGCCCCGUCCCCCCCUCUCUCUCCCUCUCAUCAUUUCUUCAACGAACCCCGUCGGCCCGUCCACCCUCCCUCUCUCCUCUCCGCGCGGGCGCCAUCUUUAUCCAUCUCCGCUGCUCCAGGUGCGGGUCAGCAGGUGCGAGGGGAACAAGUGAGGAGGAAGCCGUCGGGCCGCCGCCGCCGCCGUCCAGGCGUCCACGAUCGGCUGCUCCUCGCGUGCCGGUCCAGGGGGCCACCGGGCUGGCCGGCCAUGGUUCGGUGAGCCGGUAGGAAUCCUUGCGCUGCGGGCAAAGGAGCCUGUUUUCUCAGUGGGUAAGAAAAGGAGGAUCCUUUUGGUUACCUGCGGGAACCGUCUGAGUUUCGGAGAGCGCCCUCGGCCUCUGGAUUCAUUGGCCUGAUCGAUUCGUCCACCAAGUACGGGGAGAUCCUCGCGAGAAGUCGAGAAGGACUGCUGAGAUCAAGAUUGGCAACCUCUUUUGUGGAUGGCAAACAGAAACAAUGAAGUGAUGGGUAUUUCUCAGUGCAAAUCUUGCCCAAAGGUUCAUAGCUCAAUGUGUAAUGAGCUGACAAUGAUGUUGGAUAAGGUUUCUUCUAUUCUUCCGUCAAUAGAGGCAGCUCGACCAGGUUGUAAAGCAGGCAUACAGGAAUUAUGCAACUUAUAUAAUGUUGUUGAGAAAGGGAAACUCAUAAUUCUACACUGCAUUGAGUGUAGUAAGCUCUACUUGGCUAUUACUGGAGAGACGAUUGUAGCAAGAUGUGAAAGGAUCAGGGACUCACUUAGGCGGAGCUUGUUCCUUAUUCAGAAUAUGGUUCCACCAGCACUUGCUAAUCAGAUUGUCGAAGUUCACGAUGAUCUCCGGGAUGUCAAAUUUGUUCUUGAUCCAAUGGAAGAAGAGGCUGGCAAAGCCAUUUUACAGAUGCUCCGGCAGUCCGACGCAAGUGAAGAAUUAGAACUUGAGACAUUCCUGCAGGCUGCUUCAAAGUUGGACCUGACAUCUCCUAAAGCUCUCUUAAUUGAAAGACGAGCAAUCAAGAAACUGCUUGACAAGGUUAAUGGUAAUGAUCCAAAAAAGGAGGGGGUCCUUAAAUUCUUUCUGUACCUUAUUAAGAAGUAUGGAAAGAGCAUCAGAUCAGAGACUGGUGAACGGAAUGAGAAUAUACAAUCUGAAAGUCAAUCUUCUCCAAGCACAAAUUCCAGUGAUGUCAGCCCUCCUGAAAAGUGCUACACACCAACGGACUUUCAGAUUUAUGAGGAUCACAAUAGUAUGUCUGGAGCCGCUACUCCACCUGCAGAGUUCUGCUGCCCAAUAUCAACAAAGCUAAUGCGUGAUCCUGUUAUAAUAACAUCUGGACAGACUUAUGAAAGAGAAAAUAUUGAGAGAUGGUUCAAUGAAGGAUAUGAUACUUGUCCUAGGACACAGAUAAAGCUAGAGAACUUCUCCAUGAUCCCAAAUACCUGCAUGAGAGAUCUCAUUUGCAAUUGGUACAAAGAGCAUGGUUUUACGCUUUCAGAUUUUAUUCCUCCAAGUGAAAGUGCUUACAGUUACUUACCAGAGCAAUUGCAUGGUUACUCUAUGUCAAGUUUGCACAAUGUUUCUGUACCUCUCAUUGCUGGAAAGGACAACAGUUUUGUUAUUGACAACAGCAAUACAUCUUUUGCAUUGUCUGAUGCCAGUUAUGUCUCUAAUGCAUCCCAUGUUAGGGACAUGGAGAAUUCAAAAGAUAUUUCUCAGUUCUCUUGGAACGCUGACUAUCAAAAGUAUCUGUCGUUCCACAACUUCAACCAGGAGAUGUUCCUGAGGUUCUUUCAUGAGCUUUCCAUGCUCCCAUUAGAACUCCAAGACAAUUCAAUUAAAGAUCUGAAGAAUGUUCUUGAUUAUGAAAAUGAGGUUUCAUACGUUAUGGUUUCAAAUGGAUUUGUAGAAGCAUUCCUUGAAUUCUUGAGAAAUGAUACUGGCAGCCACAGUGUCCAAGCUCAGAAAGCUGGAUUUCAAUUUUUUCUUGCUUUCCUUUCCAAUAGCAGGGCUAAGGUUCCAUCUAUGAACGAAGAAGCAUUUCAUCUGAUCAUAUCCUUCCUUGACUCUGAGUUAAAAGUUGAAGCUUUGUUGACACUACAUGAGCUGGUUCGGCACUUGAGCAGUCCAAGGUCUCAUGUGAUGGCCUCUGUUGUUACUCCUCCAUUGUUCAAAAUACUGGCAUCUGAAGAUACUGAAGGGCUUGAACUUGCCCUGAAGAUUAUCUGCGAGCUUUCAUGCGAUGCUGAUAUAAGAUCUUCUCUAGUGUCAAUGGGAAUAAUCUCGAAGCUUGUUCCCAUUUUCUCUGAAGGAAACUUCGUUGAGUGCUGUUUGGAGAUUUUACGGAACUUAUGUGACAUGGAAGAAGGUGCAGCUCGUAUUACAAGAACCAACCGGUGUCUUGCUUCUGUUGCAGAAUAUCUGGACAUAGGAAGCCCUAAAGAACGAGAGCAUGCAGUGGUUAUCCUUCUGGAAAUAUGUUCCCGUAGCAUCGAGGACUGUCUACUUGUAAUGAAGGAAGGUGUGAUCCCCGCCCUAGUGGACUUGUCAGUGAAUGGAACCGAAGAAGCCAAAAGCUGUUCGAUCAAGCUGCUUCAUCUUCUCAGGGACAUGAGGCGAAGCGACCAGUUCACUAACUCAUGUUCACAAGAAGUGGCUGCCACGGACGUGGUACAGGAUGCCCCCGACAACUCUGUUCACAAGCAGCCUGUAUCAAAGUCAUCCCGGUUUUUCCAAAAAAAGUUGAACAUCUUCUCGAAACCUCGGUCACUCACACUGUUUUGAGAACUGGCAAAGUUUGCUGGAGCUGGUAGUCCUUUUUAGUGGAAAGUGAGUAGUCCUUGACUCCUUUGUACAUGGUAUGAAACUAACCACCUUCUGUAUAGUUUGGUAGUGGUUGUAUCGUCCGAGUGAAAUGCUUGAUGAGAUGAUAGUUUUUCAUCCUCAUGUAUUUCAGUAGAGUUUCCUAGGUUGUUAUGGCACCUUUGGUGUGCGCACAGUCGGUAAGAUAUAGCGGUUCUUUUGGCGGGAA